AUGCUGGUGAAAUGCGAGACGAAGAGCCAGAGGGUGAAGAGCAUUUCCUUCCAUCCGAAGAUCAACCUCAUCCUUGCAGGACUGCACAAUGGAAUCAUUCAGCUAUGGGACUACCGUAUCGGGAUUCUAAUUGAAAAGUUUGAGGAGCAUGAGGGGCCCGUAAGGGGCAUAGACUUCCACGCCGUGCAGCCCCUCUUUGUCAGUGGAGCAGACGAUUACCUAAUAAAGGUGUGGAACAUACAUCUAAAAAAAUGUGUCUUCAAUUUGGUAGGCCAUUUAGACUACAUCAGGAAGGUGCAGUUUCAUCUGACCUACCCAUGGAUUCUAUCCGCCUCAGAUGACCAGACCAUUAGAAUAUGGAACUGGCAAAGCAGAGUCUGUAUAGCCAUAUUGACAGGACAUAACCACUACGUAAUGUGUGCAGAAUUUCAUCCCACACAGGACCUCAUCAUUUCCAGCAGCUUGGAUAAAACUCUACGUGUGUGGGACAUAAAACUGUUGCGAGAGAAGAACGUCAUAUUGACGAGUGAAAAUGCGGUGAGCGAUUUGCCAUAUGGAUUAUCGAAGGGCCUUUACAACGCGGAUGUGCUGGCCUCAUCUGGAGAUAACCAAAUGGGCAUGCAUUCCUUUGUCCCGAAUAAUCAGCACCUGCAACAGCUUCAGCAGCAACAGAACAACAAUAACAUGUUUGGCGCAUCGGACGCCAUUUGUAAGUUCGUUCUGGAGGGUCAUGAGAAGGGAGUGAACUGCUGCACUUUUCACCAUAGUCUACCCAUCAUUGCAUCUGGAUCAGAUGAUAAGCUAGUAAAAUUGUGGAGGUAUAAUGAUAACAAGUGUUGGGAGUUGGACACCCUGAGGGGUCACUUUAACAACGUGUCCAGUUUAGUUUUCCACCAAACGAAUGACGACUUAUUGUUAAGUAACAGUGAAGACAGAACCAUCCGAAUAUGGGAUAUCACCAAACGGGCAUGUAUUCAUACGUUCAGGAGAGAGAAUGACCGUUUUUGGAUUCUGUCCUUUAAACCCAACUCCAAUUUAAUUGCUUCGGGGCAUGACUCAGGGAUGGUCAUAUUCAAAUUUGAGAAGGAAAAAUGCCCCUUCGAUAAAUGUGGAACUGUCUUGUUAUACGUGAAGGAGAAACGGAUUUAUGCUUACGACGUGAGGAGUGACAGACACACUUGUUUGUGUCCCGUCAGGAAGAAUGGCAACGCGAUGGUGUCUGGGUAUCACAAGUUGAUAUACAACCAAUUCUGCACCACGCAUGUGAUGCUUCUUUUUGUGUACAAGGAGGAGGAUCAUUUUUCCUUCGACCUGAUCGUUUGUGACACGGUUGGGGAAGGUAGCGGGGCCGGUCGUGCGGGCAACGCGUCUCUCUCCAGGGGAGGCAUGAUGGGGGGGAUGACCUCAGCGUCACCAACGUCACCUCCUGCAUCACCCUCCGGAUUGCACUUCUUCAAAUCAUGGGCGAAGCACUCCAGUGCGAAUAACGCAAAUGUGUCCCCACAGAAAAACAUCCAAGCGGGGAGAAACCCAGAAGAGUUCAACCCGGACAGUGUAAAAUACCUGAUCAAAAAUAAGCACUGCUCUUCUGUUUCAUUUUAUACGAGAAAUAAGUACCUCCUUGUGGAGAAGAGAAGUGGCAACUACGUCUUGAGCAUUCAGAACAUACCAGAAGAUAACACCUCCAAACGGGUGGAGGUACCCUUCAAGGUGGAAGCAGUCUACCCCCUGAAUAAUAACAAGAUAAUCAUCCUUUCGGAGAGCAAAAUAUACCUAUACGAUAUAAGCGUAAAAAAGGUCCUAAACGAAAUGAACCACACGGAUACCAUCAUUUCGGUGGAAAUACUUAAGGACCACAAUAUUGCCUUCGUGUUUAAGUAUAACGUUGUUCUGACGACGAUCGAUCUGGUUCACCUAUGCACAGUGCAUGAGUACAUUCGUGUUAAAAGUGGGGUCUGGGAUGAGGAAAACAAAAAUGUCUUCAUCUACAAUACACUUAGUCAUUUGAAAUAUAUAAUGAUAAAUGGAGAGAAGGGACUAAUCAAAUGUUUGGAAGAACCUGUGUACCUUUUCAAAAUAUACAACAACAGAUUAUUCUACCUUACGAGGAAGCAGGACGUGGUCAGUGAACCGCUGAACGACACGGAAUAUCUGUUUAAACUGUCCCUUGCGAACAAUGAUGAGCAGAGUGCUUACCAUUAUUUAGACAUACAACAUAAAGGAAACACCUUCUCUAAUGACCACCACAAUGAGGGAAAGAAAAAACUCUACUUCAGUUACAACCUUAUAGGGUAUAUUAAAAAGAAGGGGUUCGCAAAUUUGGCAGUACAAAUGGUCAACAACAAUCAUACCCUUUUUAAUCUGUCCAUUCAGUUGGGACAUUUGAAUAACGCCCUCAAGGCAGCCAAAAAAAUUAAUAAGACGCACAUUUGGAACCUUCUAAGCGUUCAUGCAUUAUUACUAGGCAAUUACGAUAUCGCAGAAUAUGCCCUGGUGAGGAUGAAGGCCUACGACAAGCUCUCCUUUCUCUACCUCUUCAGUGGCAACAUUGAAAAAUUGAAAAAAAUGCAAAAUAUUGCCAUCAUAAGGGGAGACCUAAUCUCCAUUUUUCUGAAUUCAUUAUACUUGGGGGACAUACAACAGAGGAUAAACGUCUUUGUUGAACAAAACCAGGUGAACUUAGCUUGGGCCUGCUCCCAACUGUACAACAUUCCCAUUAACUUAUCAGAGAAGAAUUUCGACUUUGACGUAAAUGAGUGCACCUACUGCCCGGAGAAGUCCUUUUACCUGUCCCCCCCUAUACCCAUUGUGAGGGUUGACAGCACCUUCGGGCAAAAGAAAAACCUAUCAAUGGAACAGUCACCAGAACAGAUGGGUUUGUACAAAGAGGCGAAGGAUGUCCCCCCCAAGUGGGGAACGCCAGCCGCGUGGAAUGGAUCCUACAACUGGCCCGUCAUCAACCUCGAGAAGACAUUCCAGGCUAGAGACGACCCCAGUGGAUCCGCACCCCAGGGGUUGAAGAAAAAAGCCCUGGCCAAGUCAGACCAACGAAGCAACGCAUCCGAUGAAGACGACGUGUGGAAAGACGAAGUCAACGACGAGGACAUCAUAAACAUCGACUUGGACCUGGAAGACCACAAAGAACUACUAAGCAAGAGUGCAGCCACAUCUGUGAGGAGUACCAAAAUCGAGCGCGCAGAUAACCUCUACGAAGUUAUGGCCAAAAAGUACGGACGAAUCAUGGACCACAUAAGGACGGGAAAUAUAACCAACGCACUUAACCUUAUUUCCAAAAAAUACGGCAUCGUUGAUAUGAAGCCAUUAAAAGGAAUUAUAAAAAAUGUAUACAUUUCGACGUAUGCCUAUCUGACCCCCAUCCCGAAUUACGUUCCGUUGAAGAUACCGAUAAACACAAAUGAGGAGACAACAAAUACGAACGUAUACAUCAAUCAGCACUUCCUUUUCAACCAAAUUAAAAAGGCACACAAAUUAGUGACCCUGGGAAAAUUUUCUACAGCUUUGAGCCUCUUCAGGAGCACCCUCUACCACAUGAUAUUUGUAACCCCUGCUGAUAAGGACACAGAAAUGAAUGAAUACCUGCAUAUGUGUACUAGCUACAUUUUAGCCAUGAGAUUAGAGGAGGAGAGGAAUGCCACUGCUACGGAGGACCCAAGGAGGAGCCUAGAAUUGAUGGCCUACUUUACUUGCUGUCCUAUGCAGAACUCACACUUGUACUUAGUCCUCAGGAGAGGCAUGGGUCUCGCGUGGAAGGCACAAAACUACGUCACGGCUGGAUCGUUCGCCAAACGGCUGAUAAACGGGAACUACGAAAGCAUCAAAGGCUCCGAGGAAGAAAUCGUUAAGGCGAAGAAAAUUCUGCUCAUGUGCGAGCAGAAAAGCACGGAACAGCACAGCAUUGACUACGACCCGAACGAUUAUCAUAACAUGAGAGUAUGCAGCGUCAGCUUAACGAGGAUCAAGCCGAAUGAGGAAACGGUCUGCUGUCCCUUUUGCCAGUCCGUGUCGAAGCGAGAGUAUACGUCCAAGAUGUGCCCGAACUGUUUGAUCGCGCAGCUGGGCAAAAAGGCCCUCGGAUUUGACUUCCUAAACAAGAACGCAUGA